UCAAAAUGCUACAAUUUUAAUGUGUAGUUUCAGUUAUUUAAUGUCGACUCUUUUUGGAUCAACGGGGACGGGACUGUUCGGAAACACAAAUACUAACACUCAAGUAGCCCAAUCUGGAUUGAACGCUGUGGGAGGAAAUAAUGAGAACCCGAUGAAAGACUUCCUUGUGAAUCAGCCGCCCGAUGAUACCUUAACUGCUCUUCGCUUUUCCCCGGCGUCUGUGUCCUCUACUUUUCUGACCUCCACUUCGUGGGAUAAUAGAGUGAGGUGUUGGGAGAUUAACCAGAUAGCAGGCACUGCAAAUCCAAAAGCAGAACAGGUUUUGAAUUCUCCGCUGUUAGACUGUUGCUGGCACGCCGAUGGGACAAAAAUAUUCACGGCAGACUGUGAGAAACAGGCGAAAGUGUGGGACCUGGCUUCGAAUCAGAUUGUCCAGGUGGCAGAACACGGAGCUCCAAUUAAGUCAGUUCGCUGGAUCCAAUCGCCUCAAUACUCGUGUUUGGUCACCGGCUCAUGGGAUAAGACAGUGAAGUUUUGGGACACCAAGAGUCCCAAUCCGAUUUUCACAAUUCAACUGACUGAGCGACUUUACUGCGCAGAUAUAAUGUAUCCCAUGGCUGUUUUUACGACUGCAGAUAGAGGAAUAGUUGUAUACUCGUUAGAAGGCGGCCCGAAAGAGUACAAGAAGUUCGACUCGCCUCUGAAGUACCAGCACAGGUGUGUGUCUAUUUUCAAAGAUGCAAACGGAGGCCCCACUGGGUUCGCUCUGGGCAGCAUCGAAGGAAGGGUGGCCAUUCAGUAUGCAGAGGGCAAGGAUCCGAAGGACAACUUCACCUUCAAGUGUCAUCGCUCCAAUGCAGUUAACAACGUACAGGAUAUCUAUGCUGUGAACGACAUUGCAUUUCAUCCAACGCACAACACAUUAGUGACAGUUGGGAGUGACGGGCGAUUCUCCUUCUGGGACAAGGAUGCCAGGACCAAAAUCAAAACCUCGGAACAAUUUCCUCUUCCCUUGACGUCUUGUGCAUUCAGCCACGACGGGAAGAUCCUAGCGUAUGCAAUUGGGUACGACUGGUCAAAAGGUCACGAGGGAAAUGACGUGAGCAAAAAACCAAAGAUAUUUUUGCGUCCGGCCGAAGAGGAAAUGAAACCUCGUGCGAAGACUAAAUGAGAUAGCGCUCUUUAACUCUUGCUUAAAAUUAAUUGAUAUGUGAUUUGUUUUUGUUUUGCUAUUUAAUUUGACCUAAAGAUGAAGAUUG